AUGGAAGUUGUUAAAGGUGAUAAAGAUUCUGUUGUUGAAGAAAAUGAAGAGAAUUUUGGAGCUAGUGAUAGUAAAGAACCAGUCAUUGGAAUGGAAUUUGAGUCACAGGAAAAUGCAUAUUCAUUCUACAUUGAUUAUGCUAAAUCAGUUGGGUUUGGAAUUUCAAUUAAAACUAGUCGUCGAUCAAAGGUUUCUAUGGAGUUUAUCGAUAUUACAUAUGCUUGCACAAGAUAUGGAAAAAAGAGACCAUCCAUUGCACAUAAUCCACGUCCUUGUUUGAAGUUGGAGUGUGAAGCUAGCUUGCGUAUUAAAAGAAACUGUGAUGGCAAGUGGAGUAUUCACAGUUUCAUUAAAGAUCACAAUCAUGAUCUUUUUCCAACAUAUGCACAUUAUUUCCCUUGCCAUAGAAGAAUCAAUAAAGCUCAAAAGAAUUGUAUUGAAACUUUACAACAAGUUGGGGUGAGAACAACAAAAAUUUACGCCACAAUGGCCAAACAACAUGGAGGAUAUGAAAAUAUUGGUUGUUUGGAGAAAGAUGUUAGAAAUCAUUUAGAUAAAGAUCGUCGUUUGAGUUUAGAAUUGGGAGAUGCAACUGCAAUGUUGGAGUGUUUUAUGCUUAUGCAAGAAGAAAAUCCAAGAUUUUUUUAUGCAAUUGAUUUGGAUGAUGAAAACCGUCUUAAAAAUGUGUUUUGGGUAGAUGCAAAAGGAAGAGAUGAUUAUCAAGAGUUUGGAGAUGUGAUCUCAUUCGAUACAACAUAUAUCACUAAUAAGUACAAAAUGCCAUUUGCUCCUUUUAUUGGUGUGAAUAAUCACUUUCAGUCAAGAUUACUUGGUUGCGCGUUACUAGUUGAUGAAACCUCAAAUACAUUCAUAUGGUUGAUGAAAACGUGGCUUAGAGCAAUGGGUGGAAAACCUCCAAAUGCAAUAAUAACUGAUCAAGAUAAGGCUAUGAAAGUUGCAAUUAAAGAGGUAUUUCCAAAUACUCGACAUCGAUUUUGUCUUUGGCAUAUACUUAGAAAGGUUCCUGAGAAGCUUAGUCACGUAUUAAGAAAAAAUUCCGACUUCAUGAGAUAUCUCAACUCAUGCAUUUACAAGUCUUGGUCAAAGCAGGAAUUUGAAGAUAAAUGGCAAGAAAUGGUGGAAAUAUUCCAGCUACGCGGGGAUGCUUGGAUUGAAUCUUUAUAUGAUGAGCGUGAGCAUUGGGUUCCCGUUUACAUGAAGGAUACUUUUUUUGGUGGUAUGUCAACGACUCAGAGAUCAGAAAGCAUUAAUUCAUUUUUUGACAAAUACGUCUGUAAGAAAACUACCUUAAAAGAAUUUGUUGAAAAAUACAAAGUUGCUUUGACGGAUAGAGAAGAGGCAGAAAAACUAGCUGACUUUAAUACUUGGCACAAGCAACCUGUUCUUAAAACUCCUUCCCCUUUUGAAAAGCAAAUGUCAGUGAUUUACACACAUGAAGUAUUUAAGAGAUUUCAAGUAGAAGUUUUGGGAUUAUCAGGCACUCUUGUUUUGAAAGAGCAUAAAGAUGAUCAAAUUACUACAUUUAAAAUCUUGGACUUUGAGAAAAAUGAGGAGUUUGAUGUAGAAUGGAAUGCAUCAAAAGAGGAAAUUUCUUGCUUAUGUCGCUCAUUUGAGUUUAAUGGAUAUCUAUGUCGACAUUCAUUGAUGGCACUUUUAGUUGCUGGUGUCUUUGUUGUUCCAUCACACUACAUAUUAAGAAGAUGGACUAAAGAUGUUAGAAGUAACCAUAAUAGGAGAAAAAUGAAUGAAGAUGUUGGUUCAGAUAAAGAGAGAUUUGAUUGUUUAUAUGAAAAGGCUAUUGAAUUUAUUCAUGAAGGGUCAUUAAGUAAUGAGAGUUACAAUUUUGCUUGUAAGGUUUUUGAGGAGACCUUACCCCAAUGUGCAACUAUUAAUAAAUCUUUGAAGAUCAACAAAGAAAAUGUUAGAAAGAAUGUUUUACCUUUGAAGUCACUACUUGAUCCUCAAGUAUCAAAAACAAAAGGGGCUCCAAAAAGAAUGAAGAGUGGAAUCGAAAAAGGAUUGUUAAUUCUAAGACAUGAUGAUUCUAAAUGCAAGAUGAGUUGGUUUAAUGAUGUUGGCAUUAUCAUCACAGGGAAUAUCAAUUUGAGUUACAAAUUUUGUGAUGUAAAAGUUACAACUUUUAGCGGUUUUGGAUUUUAUAAUGUAAAAGUUACAAAUUUUAGUGCUGUUGGAUUUUGUGAUGUUAAAGUUACAAAUUUUGUUGGACACAUUUUAGUGUCAAUUUUGUUACUGAUUCAGUACUUUUAA